AUGGCUAACGCGCCCGCCGCUGCUGGGGCCUUUCCUUGGAUCCUGCCCCAGACGACCUACGGCCGUUUCCUCGUCGGCUGCAUGGGCGGCGCUGCGAUACUCUGUCCUUUGUUCACUCCCGCGAUCGCUCCCUUCCUUGCCGCCAGCUUCACGGGUGUGACGGUUCAAGGUCUCGCCGCGACUACCGGUGCCCAAGGGUUGCUGACCCUUACCGGCGGCAUCUGGGCGGUCACAGAGCGACCGGGUCGCAUAGCGAUGGCGACCCAUAGCAGAGUAACGGACUACAUUGACGCCCUCGCCAACGGUACAGGGAGCGAGCAAAACUCCUACUCGGACAUCCGUGCAGCGGCCGGUCUUAGGCCGUUACCGUACAUCAUCGAUAUCAAUCGGAUACGGCUUACAAGUAAUAAACAACAGAAACGCGAUCUCGGUCGUCGACGCGUUCCUCCUGAAUUCCGCAAGUCGUUGGCCAUAAGGGAGGAUUGGAAGAGCGUGGUCCAUACUUUCGGGCUGCCGAAAGACACACUGUCUUUCACCUAUAAGCGUCCGCACGACGACACUCGCCCAGUCAAGUUCACUAUCCUCCGAGCCGUGGGGACUGGCGACAUUGGAUCUGCCGCUGAUUGGACCUUCACCUCUGUUUUGCAUGAAGAAGGGCCGACGGGAACGAAAGGCACCAGGGAGCUGUUUUCUGCAAGCCAGACAGAGGGUGCCUGGACAAUGUAUGUGGUGGAAGCCGACUUAGGCCAUACUGCAAAGUAUCGUUCUGAUAUGUCCAUCUGCAAAGCUCUCGCUGGGACAGCUGGCACACCUUCAUUGGGAUCCUGUGCGGCCGGUGUGGUCGGGCUAGACGAUCAGCCAUCUGGUUCUCUGACCUUUGUUCUGCCCCCGGGCAAUGCGCAACUCGCCUCUGGCAGCCCCCCUUCGGCGCAGGACGCCUUCGAUCUACAGCCGAAUAUGUUCUUCAUUCAUCACCUCGCUCUCUGCCGCUGGAUCCCGGAGCAGAGCGCCGACACCAGGGCCAAGGAUCACGAGCCCUACAGGACGGGCCAGCAGAAGUUGGACAAGCGGCAGACAUACCUACCCGGUGGCCCUGUCUGGCACUGGAUAUCACGAGCCCAUCUGUCUUUGAUCUGUCUUGAUCUGUUUGGGGCGACGAAUCCUAUAUCAGACUGGGACGAGAAAAAUGGCGACGAGGUCCAACCCACUUGGAUCAAAGAAGAAAACUCCCUCCGGCAUUCAUGGGACCUCGGCCAGCCUAAAUCCAUACCGCAGGAUAUGUAUGUCGCGGCUCAUCGUCACAGCCAAUGGAUAGAUUUUCAUUGUGACUUUUACGCGCCGGCCGGAAAAUACAAGCUUGAGAUCCGCAUGAACACGCCCGAGCGCGAAACCUGGGCAUCUCGCUGGAAUAUACCCGAAAUCCUCCACUCGUCCAUACAUGACCUCACCGGCGUACAAUGGCUCUACGGCCAGGCUACGGAUUACGAGUCUUGGCAUCCGACACAAGGCGGCAAGCAGAAGUGGUUGAUCUCCCUCGGUCGAGGAAAGGUCGAUACUAGCAAAGGCGAUAUCUAUCCCAUCUCGCCCGCCGACUCGGUCGGUAUGACCGAGGUGACCCGCGACUCGGUCGGGAACGAGCGCCUGAACGAAUUUCACAUCAUUCGGCCUCCCAGCCCCCUUGAGGUUGGAGAAGGCGUGUUGCAGCGAAUGAGCAUGUUUGUGGGCACGAACGAGGAUCAAGGGGGGGCGCAGGGGAUCUUGAGGGCUCCUUUCAUCUUUGGAGGCGUCCGCUUGCUCCCAGUAGAGGUGCGGGACCAAGAUUAA